AUGGUAGAGCAACCCGCGAACGUGGAUGCCGCCGUGAAUACCCCAGUGGUGGUUGAUUCAAACGAUGAUGGAGCAGUCGCCCAGGAACUGGAAUUAGAGCAUAUGAGGAGUAUAUUGGAAGAGGCGAUUGUGGAAACGCGCAGUACGCCUCUCGAAAAUCGACCGCGACUUCCCCGCAUAGCCCUAAGCAAGCGGAAUCGGGCUAUCGUGAGGGCUCUGAACCCAAUGCUGGUUACCUAUUUGGAAGCCAGCCGGGACCUUUGCGAGACGGACUCAAUUCUUUUUGGCGCCGCGCUGGCAGUCUGCCGUAUCAUAGGCGCCAAGGUUUCCACGGCUGGACGCGCUACUGGCCAUAGUAGCGCUAUCCCAGCAUGGAGAAGAAGAAUUGAGGAACGUAUCGCAAAGGCUAGAGCUCUCAUCGGCAGACUGAUAUGCUUCAGAUCAGGCAACAACAGGCCAAGAAUGGCGUUUGCUGGGACAAAUGUCAGUUUGUCCCAGCCGGAUAUAACGCAAAAACUGACGGAGCGCAUAGAUGAUCUGAAGCAGAGAAUCGCUGCUUGGGGAAAGCGGAUUCGGCGAUAUACCGAGAGGUCGACACGGUUCAACCAGAAUCGUCUCUUCCAGAGUGAUCAGAAGAGGCUCUAUGAAUCAUUGGAGCGACCAAUGGUAAGUGGAACGGGUCCAGCACCGAAUCAGGCCGACACUGUAGCAUUCUGGCGCGGCCUGUGGUCAGAGCCCGUAAACCACAGCGAGGGCCCUUGGACGGAAGUUGUGGCGAGUCAGUGUGCGGGUAUUACGCCCAUGGACCCCGUCAUCAUAACGCCGGAUGACGUAGCUGAGGCGGUCCGUAGGGCCCCGAACUGGAAAAGUCCGGGGCUUGACGGGCUGCAUCACUACUGGCUGAAGGGGUUCAUGGUGUGUCACUCUGUGCUCGCCCGACAGUUUCAAGAGGCUCUCAACCAGAAGUCGCUCCCAAGCCUCUUCACUACUGGGAUCACUCAUUUGGUUCCUAAAGACCAGGAAUAA